AUUAUUCUGAGACGGAGUCCGAAUCUAGUGAUUCUGAAACAGAGUUUGAAUCUAGUGAUUCUGAAGCAGUGGAUGUACCUCUCCCGGUUAUAAGUAGAAUGAUACAAGAUAAUAGCGGAGCUAGUCAGAAAUUAACACUCGAAGAAAAAGAUAGCAAAUUCAUCAGAGAAGAAGCCAUAGCUCCACUUGGAUUGGCCGUAAUCCCACUUACAUUUACAUCUAAUAUAAAAGAUAAUAUCCGUCUUAAUAAUAAAAAAUCUAUCAUGAUUCUAAUAGAAGUACUGGUUGAUAAAUAUAACUCUACAUUACCUAAUUAUAUAAUGCUUGGUAAUAAUUGGUUCUAUGGACGCAAAUAUGAUGAUGAUAAGCUCCAGACUUAUAUACCAGAAAUAGUGACCGAUGCAGAAGAUGCCUGG